GGGGUUUUGAAAACCCACGUGACUUAACUCAUUUACGUCACAACGACGCUAACAAAUUAAUACGCGGUGGUUGACUUUUUAUUUUGAAAGAAAUCCGCCGGAUGUGCGCUCGCGUGUUUGCCGUCUUGACGAGGAGGAGCUGAAGGUCACAUCAGGAGCAUCUUCUUCCCCUUCUCCUUCAUCGGAGGGCAGGAGGAGUAGCUCGGUCCAAAAUGGGGAACCGGGGCAUGGAGGAUCUCAUCCCGCUGGUGAACCGGCUCCAGGACGCCUUCUCGUCCAUCGGCCAGAACGCCAGCCUGGACCUUCCUCAAAUCGCGGUGGUGGGCGGCCAGAGCGCCGGCAAGAGUUCGGUUCUGGAGAAUUUUGUGGGCAAAGACUUCCUCCCCCGUGGUUCUGGUAUUGUCACUCGGCGCCCCCUAGUGCUGCAGCUCAUCAAUUGUCCAACAGAGUAUGCCGAGUUCCUGCACUGCAAAGGGAAAAAGUUCACUGACUUUGAGGAAGUUCGUCAGGAAAUUGAAGCAGAGACUGAUCGAGUGACCGGACAAAACAAAGGAAUCAGUCCCGUUCCCAUCAACCUGAGAGUCUACUCGCCCAAUGUGUUGAACCUAACCCUGGUGGAUCUUCCCGGGAUGACCAAAGUUCCAGUGGGAGACCAGCCGGCCGACAUCGAGCAGCAGAUUCGGGACAUGCUGAUGCAGUUCGUCACCAAGGACAACUGCCUCCUAUUGGCCGUCUCUCCCGCCAACUCUGACCUUGCCAACUCCGACGCUCUAAAAAUCGCCAAGGAGGUUGACCCCCAAGGUCUCAGAACCAUCGGUGUGGUCACCAAACUGGACCUGAUGGAUGAGGGAACCGAUGCCAAAGACAUCCUGGAGAACAAACUGCUGCCACUUCGCAGAGGUUACAUCGGCGUGGUCAACCGCAGUCAGAAGGAUAUUGACGGCAAGAAAGACAUUACAGCAGCACUGCAGGCCGAGAGGAAGUUCUUCUUGUCCCACGCAGCCUACCGACAUCUGGCCGACCGCAUGGGAACUGGCUACUUGCAGAAAGCACUCAACCAGCAACUGACCAAUCACAUCAGGGACACACUUCCUGGGUUGCGCACCAAACUUCAGAACCAGCUGCUGUCCAUCGAGAAGGAAGUGUCCGAGUACAAGAACUUCAAUCCCGAUGAUCCGAGUCGGAAAACAAAGGCCUUGCUGCAGAUGGUGCAGCAGUUUGCAGUGGACUUUGAAAAGCGAAUAGAAGGUUCUGGAGACCAGGUGGACACGUGUGAGCUGUCAGGAGGAGCAAAGAUCAAUCGCAUCUUUCACGAACGAUUCCCCUUCGAACUUGUUAAAUUGGAGAGUGACGAGAAGACUCUCCGUAAAGAAAUCAGCUAUGCUAUCAAGAACAUUCAUGGCAUCAGGACAGGUCUGUUCACACCCGACAUGGCCUUUGAGACCAUCGUCAAGCGUCUGAUCAGUCAAAUUAAGGAACCUUGUCACAAGUGCAUCGACUUGGUCAUCAGUGAACUCGUCAACACCGUCAGGCUCUGUGCACUCAAGUUGGCCCAGUACCCGAUGCUGCGAGAAGAGAUGGAGAGGAUCGUCACUCAGCACAUCCGAGACAGAGAAAGUCGCACAAAAGACCAGGUCCUGCUGCUGGUGGACAUUGAGUUGGCGUACAUCAACACAAACCACGAAGACUUCAUUGGCUUUGCAAAUGCCCAACAGAAGAGCAGUCAGAUGAACAAGAAGAAAGCCAGCGGGACUCAGGAUGAGAUCAUGGUGAUUCGUAAAGGCUGGCUGACCAUCAAUAAUAUCGGCAUCAUGAAGGGCGGAGCUAAAGAGUACUGGUUUGUUUUGACCGCUGAGACGUUGUCCUGGUACAAAGAUGAUGAGGAGAAGGAGAAGAAGUACAUGCUGCCUGUUGAUAAUCUGAAGCUCAAAGACAUUGAGAAGAGUUUCAUGUCCAGCAAGCACAUCUUUGCUCUCUUCAACACUGAACACAGGAACGUUUAUAAAGACUACCGUCAGUUGGAGUUGGCCAGUGAGUCUCAGGAGGAGGUGGACAGUUGGAAGGCAUCUUUUCUACGAGCUGGCGUGUACCCUGAACGCAGCGUGGAUAAAGACAAGGUGGAGGUGGAGGAGUCCAACACAGACGGGCAAAUCCACAGUCUGGACCCUCAACUUGAGAGGCAGGUGGAGAUAGUCAGAAACCUGGUGGACUCUUACCUGUCCAUCAUCCAUCGCACUGUCAGAGACCUCGUGCCCAAGACCAUCAUGCACCUGAUGGUCAAUAAUACGAAAGAAUUCAUCCACUCUGAUCUACUAGCUCAACUUUACUCAUGUGCCGACCAAAACACUCUGAUGGAGGAAUCCCAAGAGCAGGCCCAGCAUCGUGAUGAAAUGCUGAGGAUGUACCAUGCUCUGCGUGAAGGUCUCAACAUCAUUGGUGACAUCAGUACCUCCACCAUCACCACUGCCAUGCCGCCGCCCGUUGAUGACUCGUGGCUGCAGGUGACGGGGAUGCCGUCAGGCCGCAGGUCACCAAUGUCCAGUCCAACGCCACAACGUCGAGCACCUCCUGGCCCCCUUCGCCCAGGCACUCGUGCAGCACCUGGACCCCCUUCACGUCCUGCGGGAUCACCUGACCCCGGACCUUCUGUCCCAUCUCGCCCCAACAGAGCACCGCCGCCUGGAGUUCCCAGGAUCUCAAUCAGUGACCAGUGAGGAUUUCAUCAAUUGUACGUUCUUCUGAUGUGCAUCUUCUCAUCCACCACUGAGAUUACUGUUCACCCCGUGACCCUGCCCUCUCCCGCCAUGGAGGAAUGAUAGGCGGCACCCUUGUCCUACAGAUGACGUGUUCCAUGUAGAUGUGUUUACUUGUGAAUAGAAUUGGUAAGAACGUGCUUGUGUGAUGUCAACAGUGUGUGUUUCCAUGUUUGCUGUCAAGUUAUCUCAAGUUAUCCAAGUAUGAAAGCAGGCCUUUAUGAAUGCCGGUCUGGUCUCUGAGGGCGUUAGUCGGCUAGCUAACAUCUCCCUUUGAGUCAACUUUUUAUUUUUUCCGGGAAGUCUGGGCUUCCCCACUGAGAGACUGCCCAUGCAAACCGGACCCGGAUAAGCGGAGGAAGAUAGAUGGAUGGAUGGAUUGUAAUUCAUUGAUUAACUUAUUUAUUAUCAUAACGAUUCUGACCUAUUUAUAGGAUGUUUCCAAGUAAAUUUGUUUUUUGUUGUUGUUUCCAAGCAAAGAAAAGCAAACCAUGUGUUUGAAUCAUGCAUACUGUAUGUGCAUAAAAAUGCCAGCAUAAAAGUACAUACAGUAUAUGAAUUAUGAGCGUAUGAAACAGUUUUAUCUCAACUAUAUCAAAAGUUGUUGUGAGAUUCUCCAAAUGGAUAUUGAUGGUGAUGAGGCAGGGUAGAAGAGAUUUAUAAAGGUAACAUCUUUUGAUGGCUUUAUUGGAAUAUAAAGUACAUCUCAUUUGCAUGUUGUUCAGUUAAGCGUUAGCAUGCGUGAUGAAUUAGCGUGUUACUGUGCGUGCCACUGUGACGUGUCAUGUUAACAAAUGUGUACUUGUGUCACCACAACAGUGUUGUAAUACAGUAUUGAAUCAAUAUCUAAGAGAUCCAUCAUGUAUGAAAAACAUGCUGUAUAUGUAUUGAUGUGAACCAGUUGGAAUGGCAUUAAAAAGUAAAGGUAAAAAA